CGUCUGAAAAAGACAGACCAGGUGGGAACCGCGGCCUUCACCCUUCACCCCGGCACCGCCUCGCCUGCAGUGCCACUAACCCCACGCCACCCCUCCGCGCUCCAGCUCCUGGCCCAGGCGGCGCGCGUCCUCCUGGAGCGCUGCGGGGUUCGGGUCCCGGCCCCCUGCGUGGCGGAAGUCCCGCCCCCGGGCGGACGCGUAGGCCGAGGCGCGCGUGGAGCCUGUGGCCUGGGUCUGCACCGCCGAGGGCGGCGCAGGUCCCUAGUUCUGCCCAGCGUGCCGGCGCUCUGGCCCGGUUUUAUUGCGCUACUGGUUCACAUCCUCGCACGUCACCUCCGCGCGUGGGCAUAACCAGCCCCACGUCAGGCGCGAAGGCUGGAGCGCGCGCCUGCGGAGGGGAGAAGGGUCCACGCGAGCCCCGGCUAGGAAGGUCGGCGCUCCUAGCCCGGAGCUCCGAACCCCGAACCCCGCCCGCAGCCCCGCAGGCCCCGCCCCCGGCCGCCUCUUCCGCUCGCUGUGGGGCGGGGUCUGCACGCCCGCCGGACCCGCGAGACCGGCCACGUCGUCGUCCUGUGCGCCGCGAGCCCGCGUGGGCCGGCGGCACCAUGGCGGCGGCCAGCGUGGCCGAGUGCCUGCAGCAGGAGACCACCUGCCCCGUGUGCCUGCAGUACUUUGUGGAGCCAAUGAUGCUUGACUGCGGCCACAACGUGUGCGGUGCCUGCCUGGCGCGCUGCUGGGGCGCGGCCGAGACCGACGUGAGCUGCCCGCAGUGCCGCGAGGCCUUCCCGCAGCGCCACUUGCGGCCCAACCGGCCCCUGGCCAACGUGACGCGCCUGGUGAAGCAGCUGCGCGCCGAGCGCGCGCCGGGCCCGGGCGGCGAGAUGGGCGCGUGCGAGAAGCACCGCGAGCCGCUGAAGCUGUACUGCGAGGAGGACCGCACGCCCAUCUGCGUGGUGUGCGACCGCUCGCGCGAACACCGCGGCCACAGCGUGCUACCGCUGGAGGAGGCAGUGGACGGCUUCAAGGUGAGGCCGGGCAGGGCCGCCACGGAGCUUCACGCGUGCUGUACGCGACGCGGGCUCGAGCCCGAGGCCCCGGGCGCAGAAGAUCCGCGCUGGUCCUGGGGCAGGGCGAAGGAGCAAAUCCAGAGCCAGCUGGACCACCUGAGAAGAGUGAAAGACCUGAAAAAGAGGCGCCGGGCUCAGGGCGAGCAGGCGCGGGCCGAGCUGCUGAGCCUCACGCAGAUGGAGCGGGAGAAGAUUGUUUGGGAGUUUGAGCAGCUGUACCACUCCCUGAAGGAGCAGGAGUACCGGCUCCUGGCGCGGCUCGAGGAGCUAGACCUGGCCAUCUACAACAGCAUCAAUGGUGCCAUCACCCAGUUCUCCUGCAACAUCUCGCACCUCAGCGGCCUGAUCUCGCAACUGGAGGAGAAGCAGCGCCAGCCCACCAGGGAGCUGCUGCAGGACAUCGGGGACACGCUGAGCAGGGCUGAAAGAAUCAGGAUCCCUGACCCUUGGAUCACGCCUCCAGAUCUGCAAGAGAAAAUCCAUAUUUUUGCCCAAAAAUGCCUGUUCCUGACAGAGAGUCUGAAGCAGUUCACAGAAAAAAUGCAGUCGGAUAUGGAGAAAAUUCAAGAGUUGAGAGAAGCGCAGUUAUACUCAGUGGACGUGACCCUGGACCCGGACACUGCCUACCCCAGCCUGAUCCUGUCAGACAACCUGCGACAGGUGCGGUACAGUUACCUGCAGCAGGACCUGCCCGACAACCCCGAGCGCUUCAACCUAUUCCCCUGUGUCCUGGGCUCCCCCUGCUUCAUCGCUGGGCGCCACUACUGGGAGGUCGAGGUGGGAGACAAGGCCAAGUGGACCAUCGGCGUCUGCGAAGACUCAGUGUGCCGGAAGGGCGGCGUGACCUCAGCCCCGCAGAAUGGGUUCUGGGCUGUGUCGCUAUGGUAUGGGAAGGAGUACUGGGCACUCACCUCCCCGAUGACGGCGCUGCCGCUGCGGAGCCCAUUGCAGCGUGUGGGCAUCUUCCUGGACUACGACGCCGGGGAGGUGUCUUUCUACAACGUGACUGAGCGGUGCCACACCUUCACCUUCUCCCAUGCCACCUUCUGCGGGCCGGUGCGGCCUUACUUCAGCCUGAGCUACUCAGGUGGAAAGAGCGCGGCACCUCUCGUCAUCUGUCCCAUGAGCGGCAUCGACGGUUUUUCGGGCCAUGUUGGAAGUCGUGGCCGCUCCAUGGAGACUUCCCCGUGAGGGGCAGAACUCAGGCACGCAGGCUGGCCGGCUGCUGAGUAUCACCUCGGCCCAUCAGGACUGGAUGUCCACGUGUCCUUGCCCUCACCACACCACAGAGGAUGUCCAUGCUCCCUGGGGCCUGUCCUCUUCCUGUGCAGGUUGUGAGCUGUAAUGAGAAGUAUCAGUGUUGCCUACAAAUAAAACUGGACACCCGC